CGUGACGGCUGUCAAUGUCACACAUUUGUUAUGUUUAUAUUGCAACAUGUUAUAAAUAUUUAGACAAACGUUUACAUUUAAUAUUCGGGCAUAAAUGAACCGUUAAAAUGUCAGUAACGUCAGCAAGUGGAGACAUAAAAUCUCAACCACAACAAAUAACUUACAAUGACAUAGCCUCGAAAUUAAUACAGGACAGAUUGUUGUUAACUGCACUCGAAUUGCAUACAGAAUUAGUUGAAUCUGGCCGAGAACUGAAACAGCUUAAGGAUUUUUUUUCAAAUCCGGGCAAUUUCGAGUUGCAGACUCAAGAAAUACCAACUAGAAUCUCUAGAUCAGGCAGUCAGGCAACUCUUGAUAGCUUAGAUUUGACCAGGUUCUCAGAAUUUGGUGACAGCAUAGAUGAAAAAGUUGCUGUUUUAGAAUUUGAGCUAAGAAAGGCCAAAGAAACGAUAAAUGCUCUAAGAAACAAUCUCACAGUUGCCACAGAAUCUGAAAAUAGUACUCCAGACAAAGGAUCAUUAAGAAAUCUUUUAUCAGGCACGAUAAAACCUCAUGAACAAAGGGCCUUAAAUUUCCUAAUCAAUGAAUACCUUUUAUUACAUGGCUAUAAAUUGACAUCAAUUACUUUUGCUGAUGAGAAUCCAAACCAGGACUUUGAUGAUUGGGAUGAUGUAGGUUUAAACAUUUCAAAACCACCUGAACUGUAUAAUUUAUACAGGGAGGGUUUGAAACAAACUGGACAAAAUUGUGUUUCAAUACAAUGUCAAACAGACAAUCAGUUAUAUAAUGAAGAAGUUAAUAAAGCCAAAAAAUUGGAGGAUGAAAUGCAGAAUCUUAAAGCCAAAUUAAGUAACACAGAGAAUGAAUGCUCGAAUUUGAAGACACAAAAUUUAAAUUUACAAAAAGAAAACGAUCUCUUGUCGUCUUCGAUCACCAACGAAGAUUUGGCAAUGAUUCCGAAAAAGCCUCCAAGCAAAGGAUCUAUGGGUAGUGAAUCUCCUGAAAGGUUUGAAAUGAUUGAUAAAAAAAGUGACAGUAUUAUUAUGUUAGAAGAUAAUAUAUCAAACAAUAGUUUUAAUACUAACGAAUGGACGAAUCUCUGCAUUAAUGAGAAUAAGGACUGCGAAUUUCCGAAGGAUGCCAAAAACGUGGCAGAUUUAAGCAUGUACUGUAAGGACCCAUUUUUGAAAGAAGUUUUCUCAUUGAGUUAUGUGAGUUUACCCCAAAAAGUCGAUAAUGAAUCUCUCGAAAAUAUUCUCAAUGACACAAUAACAACUGACACCUUGGUUCACACACUAUCAGACUCACUUCUUAAAAUUAUACCAAACAUAAUACUUAAUAAACGGGAAGAAGUCAUUCCCCUACUCAUCAAAACUGUUCAUUUAAAUCCCAAAGCUUCUGAACGAGAUAAAUUGCUCCAGCAACUAUUCAACUUGAAGAAGAAGCCUACUGCUACAGAAAGGCAAAUGAUACUAUCAGGAUUAGUCGCAAUAGCAAAAUGUUCAGGCCAAAGUUUGGUUGAAAAUGAAAUCCUUCCACAGUGUUGGCUGCAAUUAACCCACAAGCAUUUUGAAAGGAGAGUACUUGUAGCUGAAGCUUGUUGCUCUCUAAUUCCAUAUGUAUCUAGCCCAAUACGGAAUUCUUUGAUCCUCUCAAUGUUACAACAAAUGUUGGAUGACAAAGAAGAAGCUGUAAGGGAAACUGUGAUUAAGGCUUUGUCUUUGCUGUUUAGUUUAUGUGAAGACUCAGAUAAAUACACUCAGUGUGAACAGUUGGCUUUGAGUACUUUGAAUGACCCAAGCUCCAUUAUUGUGAAUUUAAGCACACAAAUACUCUUCCCAGUUUUAGGAAAGUGGGCUUUUAGAGAAGGUCUACUAAGCUCCAGUUUAUUAAAACAUCUGUUACAUAAGUUUAAUGUUUAUUUAAAAGGAACAGAAUCUCCUACCAAAGUGAGCCAGUCCUCAGAUAAAAUUCUGAGAAUUGUUAACGUUUUGGAAAACUUACUUCCAUUCCUACUCAUGUCCAUUGCUUUGAAGGACUCAAUUUUAUCGAAUAUAGAAAAAGGGAUGGCGUUAGAAAUGCGUCCAGAUUUCGCUAAGUUAUGCACCAACCUGACAAAUCCUGAAGUCUUCUACAAGUCAGAAAUCAACUGCGGCAUGAUUAUAUACGAGUUUGACAAAUAUAUGGCUGAUCAUUCUAACGAAACUUGGAAAGAAUUGGACUGGGUACUUGAUAUUAUGAUUCCGGAUCUCUUAAACAACCUGAGCCAUAUUGACAUAAACCAACAGGCGCUCUUGCACAGCUUCAUGAACCUAAUCUCGCACAUCUGCAUCAUCUUCGGCAAAAACUUCACCAAAGCAAAAAUCCGUCCAUUGCUCGACGUGCAAAUCAAAAACCUGGAACAAAUCAUUUCCAGCUUCAAUCAGUUCUGCCCCAGCCUCAACAUAAUCCCCGUCUAUCUCGUAUCAGUUCUCAGCUACUGCGACGACCACGAGGAGCUGUCCAACAUCCUCAAGAAGUUCUUGUGCGCGUUACCGCUGUGCGGCACGCCCCUAGAUUGUCUGGUGGUGACGGUCAGACGACUGUGCGAAGCCGAUCUACAGGAAAUCGUAGUGAGCAGUUUGUGGGAGGGGGUGGUGCAUCAAAGACCGUUGGUCAGAUCCGCGGCCGCCACCCUAUUCUCGGAUAUUGUGGGAAUGUGCGAUCAAAAUCUAUUGAACCAGAAGGUGACGCCCGCGCUGGUAACUUUAGCUAAUGAUAAUGAUGUGUUAGUUAAAACCGCGACGAUUCCAGCUUUAGGAAGUCUGAUAACAGAUUGCAAUGUGAUCGAGAUACAUGACAAGGCUUACAUGCAGCUUCAAACCUAUAUGGUUGACUCCAGCCUGAAGGAAAAUCACUCUCUGCUUAGGCAGCUUAUUGUGACUUUGGGGAAUAUUGUUAACAGUUGCACUGUUAAAUUCCGAAACGAAGUUAUAAUUCCACAGCUGGUAGGAUUUUCCCAUUAUAUGCUGCAAAUGACUAAUCAAACUAGGAAAGUUGACAUGGUGCUAGCUUUGGUAGAAGCAUUUACUAAUAUCGUUUACAGUCCUUUGAACAAGGAAAAUAUUAACGCAACAGUUGUGCCAGCAUUAAAAUGUUUGGAAAGUGUUGUAACCGACAACCCGUCUUUGACCCCGCAUCGCGAAACCGUUCUUCUUAUGAUCAAAGAAUGUGAUAACAGGGAUAAUAAGGUGGAAUCUCCUUCCAUGCAACCAGUGGAAUUGGGUACUAAACUCAGCCAGAACGUUAAUCAAGGAGUAGAAGAAAUGCGACAACGAGUCAGUAAGAUGUUUAAUAAACCCACAAUUCCCAAGCCAAAUAAUCUACCCAAUCUGCAAGGUAUAUUUAAAAAGAAAUAAGCUCUUUCGUUUGUUCGCAAUGUUAUAUUGUGCCUUUGUAAUUAUUUAAUCCUUACACUCAGUCCAUAAUUAAUGCACAUAGGUUGUGAGAUAAACUUUUAUUUUACA